AUGGCGAUUCAACUACCGAAGAGCGCCGCGGACACUUUUAGCCGAGGAGAACACUAUAACCUUGACAACAGCGCCAUCCUUGCUUACGGCUUACAAGGUGUUGCCUCCAAGCAAGUCCAGGAAAUCUGCGACCGUGCAACGGAAUCGUACGCAAAACAAGUUUUGAACUGGCCUAAUGGACGGCUUGCGAAACCAGACAUUUUUACCCCGGCUUCCAAGAGCAGCCCGGAAAACGUUGCCCAGUGUGCGGAGCGUUUUGUGCAACACCUCAACGGCCUCUAUCCAUUAGAGAAGGGAAGAGAGCUUCGAACCUAUCCGCAUGCAUUUGUAGUCAUCUGCAAAGGAAAGUUACCUGAUACCGUCCUCGUCGUUAUUGCGUACCAAGAAGACGAAACCUGGUGUCUGAAGCAGCGGUCGGUUCCAAUUGACGUGGAGUUGGGUCUGUCUCUGGACAGCCUACGAUUCGGAGACAUUACCGAGGAGGACAUUCUUAACAAGUUCAAGAAUGACGAGACGGAAGAAGUUCACGAAAGAGACCAGCAACCACAAACAUAA